AGAGGAGCAGAGCUCUAUAUGUAAGCAUCAAAGUCGUGCGAUACUAUUAUUGUGUAGCGAAGUAACAAAGUAACUGCUGCUGUUUUCAGGCCUGGUGUUAUGCUACAUUAUUUCAAACCUGAGGUUAUAAAAAAAUGCCCUGCCCUCGUCCUUUCCUCGUGAUAGCCAGCUCCUGUUUCACUAAGACUGUGGAUGAUCAAUGCCGGAAGGCAGGGAGGACUCAAGGGUUGAGGAAACAGGAAAGGUAGUUAAGGAGCCAACGCAUUUGUAACGACACCUUUUGCAACAGUGCAGAAGAUGUUUCCUUCAGAUCUUCCAAAACCGUUUGUGGACCAUCCUAUUAACUAUUAACUCCUAAUAUUAGUAUUAAUCACAAGUUAAUGUUAUCCAUAUCAUUCAAUGUUUAUUUAAUAAAUAAACGACUGGAAAAGUAUUUCGCGUCCAAUAAUAUAUCACCCACCUGUGCGUGUAGCCUCUAUCACACUUGUUUGUCCUCAGCCUGUGACGUUUUGUCGCGAGAGUUAAUUUAUUGCCAUGGAUACAGCGUUAAGUGGCGCAUCCUGUGAGAUGUAAUUAGAGAAUCGCGGUGUUGAUGGAUUGAUGGACGGACGUGGCUCGUGCUGCCUCCUGCAGACGCCGCUGCGCUCUGACUCCUCCGGCUUUGGGAAAAGUAACUCAUGGUUACAGGAGGUAAAAAUACCCGCUGCUCUUGCAGUUCGAGGCUGUGAUAUUUUUGGGAACUUCUCCCAUUCGCGUCUGAGUGGUUAGCCUGCACGUCUACUCCUGCAGCUCUGGGUUUCUGGACUCCUGGCUCUGUGCAGAAGAGAGAGAGAGAGAGAGAGAGAGAGAGGGACGCACAAGCACACACGGCGCUGCGCGUCUUGGUUUCAGCGCAAACAUGUGAAAAAGCCAAACGCGCAUUGACGAUCGCAGCAGUGAGGAGGACACCGCGGGGCCCAGGACUGUGGCCCAGGAAUGGUCUGACAUUAUCUCCGUGAAGACAUGGAAGAGACCGAAGCGUCCAGUGCCGCCGCGUGUGUGUGCACUGUGGUGACUGGUGUCCUCGGUGCUGAUGUGCAGCCCACGGCGGAUUCAGCCGGGUUUGGAUAAUGUGCGCUUUGACGCAGAGUAAACGCAGAAAUGGAUACUCACAGAUCAGAUUGUCCAUCAGCUUCAAAUACUUUAACCACUUACGUUGUGUUUUAAUGAUUUAUGUUGAUGCGCUCGAGAAAUGUGGAGUGCGUUAAUGAACGGCUCUGGGCUGCACGGAGGGGGCGGUGCUGGCGGGGGAUACGUCCCUUCUCAGGGAUGGGAGUUUGUGCCGAGCUCCAGGAUGGACAGGACAGACAGAGGCAGGGGGAAAGCCCGCAAUCCGCUCAGAAGGAUCUCCUCUCCGCCCACCGUCUUCAGUCAGGUCUACGAGUCCCAGUUCGGUACUUCAACCGGAGGAGGAGGAGAAGAAGGUGUACUUGGAACACAGCUCGAGAUGCUCGGGGGACAAAUGUGGUCUAGACCUGAAUCACCUCAGCAGCAGCAGCAGCAGCAGCAAACACAACACAUGCGACUUAAAAAGAAAUUUGACGAAUUGAAAAAGCGACAUGUUCAGGACAAGGAUGGGUGGACGCGUGAGAAGGAAUCGUUGUUGAGAGAAGUGGCUGACUUACAAGGAGGGGAGAACAGGAGGAUUCUGCUGGACCUGAAGACGGUUUUGGAGGAAGUGCAGGCAGAGGUGAAGAGAGAGGAAGAGAAGAGGAGCGAACUCCAGCUGCAGUACACCAGAGACAGAUGUGCCUGGGAGCUGGAGAAGGCAGAGCUCAAAUGCAGGAUUGCGCAGUUGGAGGUUAGAGAAGGUACCGGAUUGGCAAGUAGAGGGGUCCAGUCAGCAGCAGGUCUUGGUUCUGUGGCGCCGCGGGGCACUCAAGCGCAGUGCGGUGAGACCCCAACUCUCCACCGAGAGAGGGAGGAGCAGCGGAGGCUCCUGGCAGACACGCGCUCAACCGCCAUGGACCUGCGCUAUCGUCUGGAGCACAAUGAGAGGGACUGGUUACGAGAAAAAGCUGAGCUUUUGGAGAGGUUUGACAUAGAGAGGAAGGAAUGGGAGACCCAGCUGAAAGAUAUGCAGAAGAAAAUAGAGAAGCUGUACUGUGAAGUGAGAUUCAAGCGAGAGGGGACCAGACUGGACAGUGAUGAUGUCGUGCACAGACUGAGCAUACCUUCCACCAGCACAGGCUCCAGUUUGCUCAGCGACAACUCGUGCUCUGAGCCGCACAGCAGCAGCAGUCAAUCGGAGCAAAGCAGACAAGCGUCGUUUCCUGGCUUUGGUCUCAGCAGAAACAUCAUUGACAGAGAGAGUCGUCAACAUAGCCGUUUCCAAGUAGACAGCCUCUGUGACUUCAAUAUCGGUGGUCCGUUUUCUCAGAAUGAACUGCCACAGCCUUCGCUGGUGGACGACUUGAGAUCCAGGGGCACUUGGCAGCAAGACUUUGUUGAUAAUAAAAGAGUUUCUGUUGAUACGACAGAGAUGGCUGCUAUUUUUAAUGGAGCUCCUGAAUGUCAAACGCCACAGAAAAAUGCUUCGUAUGGGAAUGAAAACAAUGUCCCUGUCAGUCCACAAGAAAGUCCUGUUUGGGCAGACCUGUAUGGCAGUGACAAGAAGAGGAACACCACUACUCUUAAUGCUGCGCUGAAGGAGAUAGCACGUGUAAGCGAGGAGCUCUGCAGCUACCAGGAUGAGAUCAGAAACAAGAGUGGCGAUAAGAGGAAUCAGUCUGAAUUCCUGGGUGUAAAUGAGGAGGAUGAACCUCCCUGCGACCUCAGUCAAAUCUACGAUGAUUUCCGGGCCUUGGAGAGGGAAAACUGGAUCACUUUGUCACCAGAUAACACCUGGCGGGCCAACACUGUGAGUGACUCCUGGAGAACAAGUGCUGCUGAUCCCAACAGCUGCAGAGACACACAGACGAUACUCUCUGAAAUAGACACAGCAGCUCCACCCAUCCCACCACGCUCCUCCUCCUGGAACCUGAGCCCCUCUGCCCUAACAGACACAGAACUCCACAUCCCAGAAUCCCCCACAACUACAGCGAAAAGGUGCCACAGCCCCAGUGUUCUCGUGGACAGAAAGUGCAGUAGCCCCUCCAUCGUCAGGAAGUUCGAGGCGAUGCUACAAGAAAAUGAAGGAAAGGUUUUCAUUGAUGGUGCAGUAUCAUCCUGCUCUGCUCCUGCUCACUCUAACUGCAAUACGGCCUGCUGCCACAACCGCUGGUCCUGUGAUGCUAGCAAGUUCAGCAGCAGCAAGUUAUCUCCCUGUGAGACAGUACAGAAGAGUUUCUCUGAGGUGAGCACACUGAGUACUGCGAAAGACUUGCGCUCAGAUUACAACCCUGGUGUCGGUAACCUCAAAUAUCCUGAUCCGCAAACGCCUCCAGGGGUCACAGAAUUACCUGUAGAUGUAUUGUUGUCCAGUCUGGAAAAAACACCUGUCAGCCCUGACCUCCAGGGCUCCAGAAGAAACAUAAUGCUGGAACAAAAAACAGCUGAGUUCAACCGAACUUUGUUUCAGGCUGAGAUGGGCCGUGGUGUAAAGCAACAAGACAGUUUUACUAUUACAGAUGCCUCCUCUCUGGGUUGCCAAGCAGCAACAGACGUUUUACUGCCCAGGGAGACAGGAUUUCAGCCACACUGUACUGAUUUCAGCACCUGUGUUUUGGGUGUGAAUCCUGAGGUCAUAUCAGAUUCCACAUUUCAGAAUACUGAGGUCCUACCAAAGGGACUGAGAUGUGGUCUUGAAAGCCAGGGGGUCAGAAUAAAGCAAGACACCCCAUCUGAUCUUUUAUUUGAACAGCCACAGGUUGGACUCAGGGACACCACCACAAUAAUCUCCCAGAGUCCUGCUCACCAGCCUGAGGUCAAGCACAAAGUUCAAACACCAAGCAGUCCUUCCAGGAAAACACAGCGAAGAGCAGCCACUGGGGCUGUCUUCUGUGAGCCUGUCUCGUCUGCAAAUAACCAGCCAGGACAGAACAUGGAGGAUUCCAACUUGAUGAAUGAGAUUCCACAUGGAGCAAAGCUUCAGCCUGCAGCCAGAGUGGUUGCCCCAAUCCAGCAGUUGCCUGUGGAGAACAAACAAAGACCGGUGACUCAGCCAGAGCACCAGGCGCAGCCAAGGCAUGUGUCUUCACCUCCUUCCCAGUCUGACUCCACCAGGCAUGGACCUCGAAUGAUGAUCGACCAUCCCUGGAAGACCCUCACUCUGGCGGCGUACCCACGGCCUGAGGGAUCCAGGUCCAACUAUGGAGCGGUGGAAAGAAUUCUGAAGAAUUACGAGACUGCAGCUAGGGCCCAACAAAGCCAGAGCCGACUGAACGAGAUGACGUCACAUCCUAACCUCAGUGUUGGGAAGCAGGAGACUGAACUAGACAUGCUGGACAUGGACCCUCCCACUCUAAGACACGUACAGACUUCAACCACCGCACAGACACACACUACACAUGCACAGCUCAGCAGCCACACUGCCAUGGGUGUGAAAGAGAUUCAGCUUAUAGUGCAGGUAAAUGAAGAGUCUUCUGUCUCCUCGUCCUCCGUCCCAAAGUGUUUCUCAAGGCCGACUCGUCCUGCCAACCGACGCCUCCCCUCACGAUGGGCCAGCCGCUCCCCCGCUUCUUCCUCCUCCACCACCGCCCCCAUCUUACCUCCAUCCUGUCGUCUUCAGAAACCCACUUCCUCCUUUACCUACGCACACGCCUUUCACAUAGAGACUCCAGCUCACUGUGUGUACGAACCAGAGGCCAGAAGCUUUCAAUGACAGCGUUCUGUUGUACAUGCCAAACACAUACUGCUUCUCCAAAUAACUAAAGACUCAGCUAAGUGCUCCAGCUGUGAGUUCAUUAACUCAUCGGUCGAAUGUAUAUGGCAUCCUGUGGACGCCACAGUAACUGACCAAGGACGGCAAGUGCAGGAUCUCAAGAGCAGCUUGAGUUCAGCACAGCCUCAGCAGACAGUCAAAGGUCAAUGCAUCACCUUCCAAAGGAUCAGUCACAUCCGAUGCCUCAGUCAUUCAUGCCAACUGUCUCUGGAUAUCCUAUGCUCAGGUCAGAAUUAUAGCCUUGACUAGUGUAGCCUUCAAGAUUUUACAACAACAGUCAAAUACUCCUGUUCUAUAUAAAGUAUUUAUGCCUUUAAAAGUGAUGCUAGCUCAUAUUCAGAUGACCUACAAUGACUUCCAGCCAAAUGAAAUUCAGACAGAUGUAUUUAAAUUGUAAAGUAUUUUGUAUUUCAUGCGCAACGUGUGCUUUUUGCACAAAAUGGGAUUUUCAGAGAUGAAGGCAGUCGAGGCGAUUUCCCCUGACAUCACACUCUCAGUGUGCUUAACGGAGCAGAGUUGUUUCUUCUGCCUUCCUGAAUAUUACCCACAGUACAUGUAUGGACUGUACCUUGCCUGUGACGAAAAUAUUUCUUUAUGCUCAUUCUUUAUGCUCUUUUUUUUUUUUUUUUCAUGCUUACUCAAAAACAUUCACUUGAUAUCAACAGAUGUGAGUUCCUUCUUUUUAUAUAUGUGUAUAUAUAUAUAUAUACAUAUAUAUAUAUAUAUAUAUAUAUGUAUAACUCUGUACCAAAGGCUGGUUUCUUUUUAUUAAUUUUCCUGUUUUGAAAGUGAAAUUCAGUGUUUGUAAUGGCAUUAUGUCUCCUGUCAAUCCAUUUCCACUUAAAAUGUAUGUUCAAGGCCCUUCACGAGAGCUUGCUUUUGUGUAUAAGUAAUGACGCGUAUAAAACAAACUGAAAAGCCUUUUUUUUCUACUUUUACUAAUUCUGAAUGGUCACAUAUCAGGACACUCAGCCGAGUAGUAUAGAUCUUUGGUUAAGGUGGUGAAUCAUAUCAUGAUGAAGGUGAUGCCUUUGCUGUUCUUUUUGUGUAAUAAACUUAAGAACCUAAA